CCGGACUUAGUCUGUGGUAUAUGUAUAUAUUGGUAAUGUUGUGAAAAUCGUAAAUGAUAGUUCUUAAAUAAUGAAAGAAAAGCAAAUUAUUCCGACAGUGUUUAUUUCAUUAGUGUUAGUGAUCGAAUCACAAUGUGCCAAUAUUCUGGGAGUUUUUCCACUGAACUUCAAGAGUCACUACAUUAUAUAUCAAUCAGUCAUGAAGGAGUUGGCUAGAAGAGGUCAUAAUGUAACAGUCAUUAAUCCAUUCCCAAUGAACGAAGCACAACAGAAUUAUACUGAUAUCGAUAUAAAGGAAUGCUUCAACCUAGCAGGCAGUUUUGUAUUCAAUGAUGUUCACAUGCAACGUAAUCCUUUUCUGAAAACCUAUGAAAUUCUUCAUGAGGGAGGCAAAUUAGUUGAACGGAUGUUUCAAUGUGAAAAACUAAAGCAAUUUUUGAGCCGAAACGACUCUUAUGAUUUAGUAAUCACAGAAAUAUUUCACGGUGAUGUCACCUUAGGAUUCGUAGAUAAAUUUCAAGCGCAUCAUGUUGCAUUUUGCCCAGCAUCACUUUCUCCCUGGGCAGCUGAUCGUAUGGGUAAUCCUAGCAAUCCCUCUUAUAUACCGUAUGUUCGCACUGAUGAAGAAUUUGAUCGAUUUCAUCCUACGUUUUAUCAACGAUUGUACAACACUCUUUGUUAUUUAUUUGCUGAGACGUUAUAUUUUCAUUAUUCGUAUGGAACUGAAGAUAUUGCCCAGAGGGUAUUUGGUACUCAAAACUCAAAACUUGAUGAGAUAGCAAAGAAUACGAGUUUGGUGUUGUCGUUUUCACAUUUCAGUUUCAAUGCUCCCGUUCCUCUUGUCCCAGGUGUGAUUGAAAUCGCUGGAUUGCAAAUCACUCAGGAGGAAUCUUUACCUGAGGAUAUUCAAAAAUUCAUCGAUGAGUCCGAACACGGUGUGAUAUACUUUUGCAUGGGAUCUUUGAUCAAAAUGGAAACUUUUCCCGAGUCAAAACGAAUCGCUUUUUUAAGAGCUUUUAGUAAACUACCUCAAAGAGUCAUAUGGAAAUGGGAUGGCGAUCUGCCAGGCCAAACUGAUCAAAUCUUCAUCUCCAAAUGGAUGCCUCAGAGAGAUAUACUGGCUCACCCCAAUGUGAAACUGUUCAUAGCCCAUGGAGGAGCUUUAGGUUUGAAUGAGGCCAUCCACGAAGGGGUCCCUGUUUUGGGAAUCCCAAUGUACGGCGAUCAAACGCUCAAUUUACGUCGAUUGCAAGCCAAUGGAGCGGCAGAUAUUCUUGAUUAUUCUUACAUCGAUACAGAUACAGUUUUCACUAAAAUAACUCAGGUCUUACAACCCAAAUACGCCAUAAAUAUGAAAAAAUUAUCAAAAAUAUUUAAAGAUAGACCCAUGUCUGCAAUGGAUACAGCAAUUUAUUGGAUUGAAUACGUGAUUCGACAUGAAGGAGCUCACCACUUGAGAACGGCUGCUGUAGAUUUACCUUUCUAUCAAUACUUACUCCUGGACGUCAUCGCUUUUUUGAUCACUGUUGUUUCUUGUGCAAUAUUUUUUGCUUAUUAUUUGGCGAAAAAAUUAUGGUCAUUUUGUAGAUGGAAUCAGCCGAUCAUUGUUUCCAAAAAAACAAAGCAAAUUAUUUCUAAAGUGUUUAUUUUAUUAGUGUUAGUGAUCGAAUCACAAUGUGCCAAUAUUCUGGGAGUGUUUCCGUUAAACUUCAAGAGUCACUACAUUAUAUAUCAAUCAGUCAUGAAGGAGUUGGCUAGAAGAGGUCACAAUGUAACAGUCAUUAAUCCAUUUCCAAUGAACCAAGCACAACAGAAUUAUACUGAUAUAGAUAUAACUGAAUGCUUCAACUAUCCAAUGGAUGACUUCGAUUUGAAAAAUGUAGAUCCACAUAGUAAUCUUUUCUUACGAACCUACAAAGCGUCCAUAGAAACUAGCGAAAUAUUAAGAUUGAUUUUUCAAUGUGAAAAACUGAAGCAAUUCUUGAAAACAAACGAUUCUUACGAUUUGGUGAUCACCGAAUUAUUUGACGGUGAUGUGAAUUUGGUAUUCGUGCAUAAGUUCCAAGCACAUCACAUUGCAUUAUCUCCAAAUCCUCUUCCUUCGUGGGCGGCCGAUCGUGUAGGUAAUCCUAGUAACCCUUCCUAUAUGCCGUAUCCUUUCAAUGACGAAGAAUUUGAUCGGUUUCGACCGACGUUUUACCAACGACUGCGUAAUACUCUACUUGAUUUAUUUGUCAAGACAAUAAAUUUCUAUUUAUCAUAUGGCGACGAAGAUGUGACCAGAAAUAUUUUUGGUGCUGAUAUUCCACGUCUCGAUGAGAUAGCAAAAAACACUAGUUUGAUAUUGUCUUUUUCGCAUUUCAGUUUCAAUACUCCCGUUCCACUGGUUCCAAGUGUGGUUGAAGUCGCCGGGUUGCAAAUUGCAGAGGCGAAACCUUUGCCUGAGGACAUUCGACAAUUUAUUGAUGGAUCUGAACAUGGAGUAAUAUAUUUUUGCAUGGGAUCUUUGUUGAGAUCAGAAACUAUGCCCGAGCCAAAACGAUUAGCUUUUCUGAGCGCUUUUAGCAAACUACCUCAAAGAAUAAUAUGGAAAUGGGAUGGUGAACUACAAGGCAAAACUGAUCAAAUCUUCAUCUCCAAAUGGAUGCCUCAGAGAGAUAUACUUGCUCAUCCCAAUGUGAAACUAUUCAUAGCCCAUGGAGGAUCUUUAGGUUUGAAUGAGGCCAUUUACGAACAGGUCCCUGUAUUGGGAAUUCCAAUGUUUGCCGAUCAAACGCUCAAUUUACGUCGAUUACAAGCCAAUGGAGUGGCAGAAAUUCUUGAUUAUUCUGACAUCAAUGCAGAUACAGUUUUUGCCAAAAUAACUCAGGUCUUACAGCCUAAAUACGCCAUGAAUAUGAAAAAACUCUCAAAAAUAUUUAAAGAUAGACCUAUGUCUGCAAUGGAUACAGCAAUUUAUUGGAUUGAAUACGUAAUUCGACAUGAAGGAGCUCGCCAUUUGAGAACUGCUGCUGUAGAUUUACCUCUCUAUCAAUAUCUACUACUGGACGUCAUCGCUUUUUUGAUCACUGCUGUUUCUUGUGCAAUAUUUUUUGCUUGUUAUUUGACGAGAAAAUUAUGGUCAUUUUGUAGAUGGAAUCAGCCGAUCAUUGCUUCGAAAAAAAUAGACUGAAAAAUAAGUAGGUACAAUUUGUUGAGACCUAUUUCAAUUUUUAAAUAAUAAAAUUGAUAAGAUCACAACACAAUCGAACCUAUAUUAUUUUUAAUUUAUGUAGGUAUUUUAACUUUUCACAGGAUAAAACGCAAUUAAAUUUUAUUUAUAAAACAUGGAAAAAACUGACAAAUAGGUACUUGAGCUAAUUCUGGUUGAUGAUGCUGGUAUGUAGUUGAGUGGGUUUCGGGUGGUAUUAAAUUUUUAGAUAAAAUGAGUUGUGAGAUUUGAAACUUUGUUUAGUUAAUACGCUCCACAAUACAUAUUAUGUAGGUACCUACCUAAAGGAAUUUUGAACUUUUUUUGUGUGCUUGGGUUGAAAAUGGGCUUAAUCGAUAGUUUAGACCCUAAAACAAAAAACAGAGUGAGUUUUUUAAAUUUAAGUUGUUUUUG